AUGGAGUCCAUUCAGUCCAGUCCAGUGGUGAAAAGACCUGGAGAGACUCUGAGUCUGUCCUGCAGAGGAUCUGGCUUCACUUUCAGUUCUCAUAAUAUGCACUGGAUCAAACAACCUGAAGGAAAAGGACUGCAGUGGAUGGGACGGGUUUAUUAUGAUGCCAGUGGCACAGACUAUUCCAGCAGUUUUCAGGGUAGAAUAGAAAUCACCAGAGAUAACAGCAACAACAUGGUGUAUCUGAAACUGUCCAACUUAAGACCAGAGGACUCUGCCAUGUAUUACUGUGCCAGAGGAGCACAGUGUGUGAUGUGUCAGAAGAUGACUCAGCCAGCCUCUGUGACGGUGCCGUCAGGAACUGAGGGUCAAACUCUGACUGAGUCUGAAUCAGUUGUUAAAAGACCUGCAGAAUCCCACAGACUGACCUGCACUUAUUCUGGGUUCAGUGGUGAUCCUACUAUUGCGUGGAUCAGACAGACUCCUGGGAAAGGACUGGAGUGGAUCGCUAUUAUUUAUGUCACAAGCACCUACUACUCUCAGUCAGUUCAAGGCCGAUUCACCAUCUCCAGAGACAACAGCAGAWAMCAGGUGUAUCUGCAGAUGAACAAUCUGAAGACUGAAGAUACUGCUGUUUAUUAUUGUGCUCAAGAGCCACAAAGAAGCUUCCAUCAGAUCCUCUUCAUCACCAACAUGUUCUCUGUUGCUCUGCUGCUGCUGCUGGCUGCUGGAUCCUUCAGCAUGUUCUUGUCCUCAGGUGUGAAGUGUGAASAGCUGACUCAGCCAGCCUCUGUGACGGUGCAGCCAGGUCAACGUCUGACCAUCAGCUGUCAGGUCUCUUAUUCUCUGAGCAGCUAUCACACAGCUUUUAUCAGACAGCCUGCAGGGAAAGGACUGGAGUGGAUCGGGAUGAAAUACACUGGAGCUUCAUACUACAAAGAUUCUCUGAAGAAUAAAUUCAGUAUUGAUUUGGACACUUCCAGUAAAACAGUGACUCUGAAUGGACAGAGCAUGCAGCCUGAGGACUCUGCUGUGUAUUUCUGUGCCAGASUCCACAGUGACACAAACCAUCUGCAGACCUCUCAGGUGGCGCCCUGCAGCGCAAAUCAGCUGUGCGCUAUGAUCGGCCUGACCCGUGGUGAGGAGAGGUAG